AUGGGGAGCUUAUGUGUGACUGAAACGGUAGUGAAGAUUGUAACAUGUCCGCAGCCGUGCCUUCCACCAUGUCUACCGCCGUGUCCAUCAGUACCUUCUCGGCUACCUCUUCCUCCACCUUUAAUUCCACCUCCAGUUCCUCCUCCUCCAAUACCACCUCCACCUCCACCUCCACCACCUCAACUACCGACUAUGGUUUGUUGCUGUGGAAUGAUUUGUUGA